GUCAACACCAUGAAGACCGCCAUCUUCAUUGUACUGACCCAAGCAGUCAUUGCCCAGGCUCUUGUUCCGGCUGAUUACGUCCAGGCCCAUAAUAACGAAAGGAGGAAUGUGAGUCCCAGUGCCGCAAACAUGAAGGAAAUGAAAUGGGACGAUUCCCUGGCUAACAUCGCCCAGUCCUGGGUGUCACAGUGUAUAUUCGGACAUAACCCCAGUCCUACUGGGUCACGUUUCUCAAAUGUAGGAGAAAACGUAUAUGUAGCCAGCUUUACGCCCUCGGCGUCUUCCGUAGUCAGUUACUGGGCCUCAGAAUCGUCGGAUUACAGUUACAGUAAUAACUAUUGCUUUGGCAGAUGUGGUCAUUAUACACAGGUUGUCUGGGCAGAUUCGGAAUACCUAGGUUGUGCAGAAAACCCAAACUGCUCCGGAAAGACCCUUGUCGUUUGUAACUAUGGACCCGCUGGAAACUUUAACAACCAGAGACCUUAUAUCAGCGGUCCCUCCUGUAGCCAAUGCCCCUCAGGAUACACUUGCAACAAUGGACUCUGCCAAUAAAUAUAGUAGAGGUAAAUCUGAUUCCAUAC